UUAAUAAAAUCAGUAGUUAAUGUAUUUUUUGUCGAAACUAAAUUCUGAAUUUGUUCUGAAAUAUGGCAAAACGACCCACUGGCUCCGUUGCCUCCCAUCGGCACUCAAGAACUAGUCAUAAUGUGACACCGCAACAGAUGGAUAUCAAUAGAAUAAUCAGGGAUAUUGUAAAUUGUGAAAAUCCUUCACGGGGCGUUAAUCUGCCCGAGACUUACAUACGUUUCGUUUGCACGGAGGCGAGGCCAAUAUUUCUGAGGGAGCGAACUCUAUUGGAGAUUAAGCCACCGGUAAAGAUCUGCGGCGAUGUUCACGGCCAGUUUAAUGAUUUGUUGCGAAUUCUGCACUCUGGAGGCUAUCCGCCGGAAACAAGAUAUUUGUUUCUGGGUGAUUACGUGGACCGUGGCAAGCUCUCCAUUGAGACGUUCACGCUGCUGCUGGCCUAUAAGGUGCGCUAUCCACAUUUGAUGUGGCUGCUACGUGGCAACCAUGAGUGUGCCAGCAUCAAUCGCAUUUAUGGCUUCUAUGAUGAGUGCAAGCGUCGCUAUUCGGUGAAGUUGUGGCGUCAUUUUGUGGACACCUACGAUUGCAUGCCUCUGGCAGCAUUGGUGGGUAACCGUAUAUUUUGUGUCCAUGGUGGCCUGAGUCCCAGCCUGAAGUCUUUCGAGGACAUAUUAGCUGUGAGGCGACCCUGCGAUAUACCUGAGCAAGGUCUGGUCUGUGAUCUGCUGUGGAGUGAUCCCGAUGAUUCGGUGAUGGGCUGGAGCGGCAAUGAUCGUGGCGUUAGCGUCACCUUUGGUGCUGAUGUCGUACGCCACUUUUGCUUUCGCAUGGGCGUCGAUGUUAUAUGUCGCGCCCAUCAGGUUGUCGAGGAUGGCUACGAGUUUUUCGCACGCCGCCAACUUGUCACUAUCUUCUCGGCGCCGAACUACUGCGGCAUGUUUGACAAUGCUGGCGCCGUGAUGGUUGUCAACGAUGAUCUGAUUGUUAGCUUCAUCAUAUUGCGUCCGACAUAUGUGGUACGCAAUAUAGUCGACCACCCAUUGUCGGCAACGGGCAAGAAUCGAAAUUAUUAGCCCCAAGUGCAAUAGAAAACUUCAUUUGAUAUGUUUGUGCGGUCAUUAAAUAUUCAAGUAUUCUUAGUGUUAAGUCUAGCUUUUAUAUUUCAAAGAACAUAUAAACUGUAUUUGAGUUCAGUGUUUUAUGAAAUAGCUUAGGGUUCUUCUGUAUAUUUACAAAAGAAAAAAAUACCAGACAAAAAAAAAAAACGAAAAUC